AUGGGCUCCCACGUCAGCGAAACCCCGGCCCUGGCCACGAACCCAAACUUCAUCUUCUUCACCGACUUUGACGGCACAAUCACCCUCGAAGACUCCAACGACUUCCUCACAGACAACGUAGGCUACGGCUACGAGAACCGCCGCGCCGGCAACCUCCUCGUCCUCGAGGGCAAGAAGCACUUCCGCGACAGCUUCCAGGAGAUGAUGGACUCGGUCACACUCCCCUUUGACCAGUGCAUCGAGUACCUCAAGAAGAACGUGAAACUCGACCCCGUCUUCAAGGAGUUCUACACCUGGUGCCGCGCCAACAACGUCCCCGUUGUGAUUAUUUCCGGCGGCAUGCGGCCCAUCAUCCGCGCGCUGCUCGUACAGUGGCUUGGCGAGGAGGAGGUCGAUGGGCAUAUCCAGAUUGUGAGCAACCAGGUUGCGGCGCGCGAGGGCAAGGCGAGUAUCAACGAGGAAGGGGGUUGGCAGAUCGUCUACCACGACGACAGCGUCCACGGGCACGACAAGUCGAUUGAGCUGCGCAAGUACUCGUCGCUGCCUGAGCGGCCCGUCAUGUUUUAUGCUGGUGAUGGUGUUUCUGAUUUGUCUGCUGCGCGCGAGACGGAUUUGUUGUUUGCCAAGCGCGAUAAAGAUCUCGUCGCGUACUGCGAAAAGGAGGGCAUCUCCUUUGUCACCUUCAACGACUUCUCCGAUAUCCUGUCCACCGUCAGGCAGAUUGUCGAGGGCAAGCUCAGCGUCAAGGACGCCGCGCGGGGACGUAUUCACUAG